AUGCCGCAAAGCUUGGAGGUAGUACCAGACAAUCCGGAGGCAGUUCUUCCUGAGUUGACGUUGGGCAUUCAGGACCGCAUUCCGUCUGAAGUUUCAGAAUCUCCAGACAAAAAUGCAGACGAAGACAAAGCUGUCCGGCUGGUGCAACUAUACAUCGAAUUUAUCAAUCAGAUGAUGGCGACACGGCCGGAAAUACUUCGCGGUGUCCGAGUUUGGCAACUGUUACGUUAUUUGCCGUCGGCCUGGCUACGAGACGACCUCGAUUCGUUGCAUUCAUUUAGUCAGCAGACGACGCAGUUCGAUCAGUUCUGGUCCCACAGCUGGAAAGGGCAACGGUGGUCCAAGUAUAUCAACAUCCUGUACCUCCAUAAUUGCCUGCCGGCAAGCAUUGCCGGAUCACUGAGUUCAGGCGUAGCCUGCGGCCUGGUCUCAGCGGGACUUCUGGGCGCACGGCAGAGAUGGUGUUUGCAGUUCGGGCUUGUAGCCUUUUGCAUCACCCUGCUGCUUUGGCGUCCGCGAAAGCUGGUGUUUGUAGACAUCGCGUGCAUACACCAAACUGACGAAGGCAGAAAGGGAGAGGCCAUUAUGAGUAUGGGUGCAUUUUUGAAGCAGUCAUCUUCCAUGCUGGUUCUCUGGGAUCCGACCUGGGUGACAAGACUGUGGUGCAUCUUCGAAAUAGCUGCCUUUCUACACAGCCGCAGUCCCGGUUCCGAGGCGGAUCUGGAGAUUGUUCCACCCUUGUUGGGUCCAGCGCUUCUGGGAUUUGAGAUGCUGUUCGGCAUAGCCGGCAUUGUGUACGACUACAUAGAAUCUUCCCUUGCCUCUUCGGAAGAUGGAGUACUGGUGGGAGAACUCCACCUGAUGCUCAUUGGCGUUUUUGUCCUGCUUUUCGGUCUCGCGACACAUCUUUUGCGAGGAUAUGCCCGCAGCGUGGAGAUGUUGCAAGACCAACUCCGUGAGUUCAAGGUCGAAAACACGAGCAGCGCGUGUUGCGCCAACUGCAAGAAAGGCGAGUCUGUUCUAUGCGACCGUGCUGUCAUUCUCGAGUGCAUUGCUGCGUGGUACAAAUCACUUGACAGCUUUGAGCUGCAUGUGCAAUCUGAUGUGCAGAUGGCCGUCAUCGAUCAACUUGCAUAUAGAGCCAUCUCUUAUCAACGUGCUCUGCUUCUGUUUACGCCAUAUGUGUGGCUUCGUUUGGGGUAUGCAGCUAGCCAUGCAGGCGAUCCCAUCCGACAGCUCGUCGAUCUGGCCCAGACGUUCACCUACUUCCUGGCAAUUUACCCCGUGAUGGCCAAACUUUGUUUCCGUCUGUGCUACGGCUUGCGAGCACGAUGUUGCAGGCUGUACAUAGACUUCUUUCUGUCGAUGACGGCCGCGAUCGGGGCCUUCUUGUUCUACAUUGCUUGCUACGCGAUCCAACUCUAUGUCUUCCGUCAAAACGACCGGGAACUUCUCCUGAGUGUGAUCUCAAUGAUUUCUUGGUGGACCGUCGGAGCCGUCCUGUGGCGAAUUAUUUGA